AUGGUAAAUGAACUAAAAAUUUGUCGCGUUGCGAAUAAAUUUCCCAAUUGGUUAUAUUUAUUUUCCUUUUCGUCGUUAAUAAAAAAUAUUUUUUUCCCAAACAUUCCCAAGAUUAAAGAGAUAAAUAAAGAGAUUCUCAGUUGCUUUCUUGUGUUCAGAUGGUUUUUAGUGUUCAUCCUUUUCUCAUCCUUACAGUUUAGUAAUCGCUCUAGCUGGUUCUUAUUUCCAAUUCUCAUUUUAAUCAUUUUUCUUUGCCUUUCUUUUAAUAGCUCUUUAGUCUUCCUCUCCGAUCAAUCAUAUAUUCGCUUUUAA